GCUCCCCCCGGCGGCUCCUCCCGGAGGGGAGGCGGGGGCCGGCAGCCGGGGCUGCCUCGCAGCCGGGCUCCCCGCAGCAGCCUCGGCCGGCGGCAGCGCACCCGGGCCAUGCCGCCCCGCAGCACCGCCGCCUCCCCCGGCCUCCGGCCGCCGGGCUCGGAGGGGAGGCCGCCGGCCCCCGGGGGUCCCUAGGGCGGCCCCGGAGCGGCCAGCGGGAGCCGGGGGGGGCCGGGAGCCGGGCGGACCCCGGGAGCGCCUCCGCCGCCCGUGCGCCUCCUGCCCGUGCCGGCGCUGCGGAGAGGGGGAGCUGCGUUACUGCAGGUGGAGGCUGUGGCGGAGGAGGAGGAGGAGGAGGAGGAGGAGGUGGGGGGGGGCCGGGGGAGAUGCCAUUUCGGACCGAAGGAGACCGGCGGCGAGGAUGAGAUGCAGCCGAGCGGAUCCCGUAUUCAGCUGGGGCACGGCGCUGCCUGCCAGGGCUCCCCGGAGCCCCCCCAGCAGGGCCGGCGAGGUUGAUGCCGGAGGAGGCUGCCCCUCUGCCGGGCACCCCGCGCACCCGGGCACCGAGGGCUUCACCCGGGCAGGGCGAGCUCCCAGCCCCCAGCCGGCAGCCAUGGGGGGCAGUUCGGCCAAGGGGGGCCGCCCCCCGCCGGCACCAGCCCCCCAGCCUGCAGGUGAGCGAUAGGAUGGUAGCUGGGGAGGCGAGUAUGCGCAGCCCAAUCCUGGCCUGCUGGCAGCCAAUUCUCCUCCUGAUGCUGGGAUCCAUCCUGUCCGGUUCUGCCACAGGCUGCCCGCCGCGCUGCGAGUGCUCUGCCCAGGAGCGUGCUGUCCUGUGCCACAGGAAGCGAUUCAUGGUCGUCCCCGAGGGGAUCCCAACCGAGACCAGGCUGCUGGACUUGGGCAAGAACCGCAUCAAGACCCUCAACCAGGAUGAAUUUGCCAACUACCCUCACCUGGAGGAGCUGGAGCUCAACGAGAACAUUAUCAGUGCCAUUGAACCUGGGGCUUUCAACAACCUCUUCAACCUCAGGACGCUGGGGCUCAGGAGUAACAGACUCAAGCUGAUCCCCUUGGGGGUAUUUACUGGACUCAGCAACCUUACCAAGCUAGACAUUAGUGAGAACAAAAUUGUCAUCCUCCUGGACUACAUGUUCCAGGACUUGUACAACCUGAAGUCUUUGGAGGUGGGGGACAACGACCUUGUCUACAUCUCCCACCGGGCCUUCAGCGGCCUCAACAGCCUGGAGCAGCUGACCCUGGAGAAAUGCAACCUGACCUCCAUCCCCACAGAGGCCCUGUCUCACCUGCACGGCUUGAUUGUGCUGCGGCUGCGCCACCUGAACAUCAACGCCAUCCGGGAUUACUCCUUCAAGAGGCUGUACCGGCUUAAGGUGCUCGAGAUCUCCCACUGGCCCUACCUGGACACCAUGACGUCCAACUGCCUCUAUGGGUUGAACUUGACCUCCUUGUCCAUCACCCACUGCAACCUGACGUCCAUCCCCUACGUGUCGGUGAGGCACUUGGUUUACCUCCGCUUCCUGAACCUCUCCUACAACCCCAUCGUCACCAUCGAGGGCUCCAUGCUCCACGACCUGCUGAGGCUGCAGGAGAUCCAGCUGGUGGGAGGGCAGCUCACCAUGGUCGAGCCCUUUGCCUUCCGCGGCCUCAACCACCUGCGCAUCCUGAACGUGUCGGGGAACUUGCUGACCACGCUGGAGGAGUCGGCCUUCCACUCGGUGGGCAACCUGGAGACCCUCAUCCUCGACAACAACCCCUUGGCCUGCGACUGCCGGCUGCUGUGGGUUUUCCGACGGCGAUGGAGGCUGAACUUCAACAAGCAGCAGCCCACCUGCGCGACCCCCGAGUUCGUCCAGGGCAAGGAGUUCAAAGACUUCCCCGACGUCCUCCUGCCCAACUACUUCACCUGCCGCCGAGCCCGGAUACGAGACCGUAAACCUCAGCAGAUCUUCGUGGACGAAGGCCACACGGUGCAUUUCGUCUGUCGGGCGGAUGGGGACCCACCGCCCACCAUCAUGUGGCUCUCCCCCCGCAAGCACCUCAUCUCCACCAAAACCAACGGGCGGCUCACUGUCUUCCCUGAUGGCACGCUGGAGGUGCGCUACGCCCAGAUCCAGGACAACGGCACCUACCUAUGCAUCGCCAGCAACGCGGGUGGCAACGACACCAUGCUGGCCCACCUGCACGUGCGCAGCUACUCCCCAGACUGGCCCCACCAACCCAACAAGACCUUCGCGUUCAUCUCCAACCAGCCCAACGAGAGCGAUGCCAACAGCACACGUGCCACCGUGCCUUUCCCCUUUGACAUCAAGACUCUCAUCAUCGCCACCACCAUGGGCUUCAUUUCUUUCCUGGGCGUCGUGCUCUUCUGUCUGGUGCUCCUCUUCUUGUGGAGCCGGGGAAAAGGCAACACCAAGCACAACAUUGAAAUCGAGUACGUGCCACGCAAGUCUGACGCGGGCAUCAGCUCUGCUGAUGCACCGCGCAAGUUCAAUAUGAAAAUGAUUUAACCAGGCAACAAUUUGCAAAUAAUUUUUUUUUUUAAAAAAAAAGAACCUAUGGACAAAUAAAAAAUAAUUAAAAAAAACAUUGGUACAAACAUACCGACCUCUCUCCUUCACAACGUCCUCUGUCCCAGUCCAAACCCACUGCACCCGCACUGUCACCACCUCUUUCUCCUCCUCUUCUUCUUUAUACCAGGAAAACAUUCAGCCGAUAUCUUCAGGACUCCUGUGUUUGUAAAGACUUUGUCUGAUGGACUCUGGUGUCAGAUAUAACUCCAAGAGGGAAAAACAACAGGGGGGGAAAGAAAGAAAAAAAAAAAAGAAAUAAAAUCAAUAAAAAGUUACAAACUUUCUUCUGUAACUUUGAUUUCAAUAAUUAUGGAUUUUUAUGAAAACUUGAAAUAAUAAAAAAACCCUAUUUCCUAUA